GACUUAAUUUUUUUUAGUCGAAAAAAAAUAUCGUAGUGAGUAGUAGCUCAAUUCGUAUUCGCUAUUUUAUCAAAAGCGUAAAUUAUUCGCAUGAAACAGCUAAGUUAAACAACAUAAUAGAAUUCAUUUCGUUGAAUAGAAUAAAGGAUCGAAUCUCAUUGAAUAUUAUGUGUUUUGUUUAAAACCUGCCUCAUAAUGGCUCGUUUCCUGUCAAAGGACAAAUUGGAAGGUUUUGAAAAAUACAAAUACAACUCCAAAGACACAAGCGUUUUAAGUAACUAUGUUAUGCAUCCAUUUUGGGAUUGGUGUGUACAGUUUUGCCCGGUGUGGGUGGCACCAAACCUGCUAACAUUCACUGGCUUCCUACUGACAGUCCUUAACUUUCUGUUGUUCUCGUACUAUGAUUAUGGAUUCCAUGCGCUCACGAAGGAGAACAUAACCAAUGAUCACAUACCAAGUUGGGUGUGGGCAGUCACUGCAGUCAAUUUAUUUGUGGCUUAUACACUCGAUGGCAUCGACGGCAAGCAAGCGCGGCGCACCGGCACCAGCGGGCCUUUGGGCGAGCUGUUCGACCACGGCCUCGACUCGUACUCCACAGUACUCAUACCCACCUGCUUGUACAGCAUAUUUGGGAGAGAUGAGCUGAGUCCACUGAGAUUUUUCUUCGUAAUAUGGAAUAUAUUUAUAAACUUCUACCUCACACAUUGGGAGAAAUAUAACACUGGUGUGAUGUUCCUGCCCUGGGGAUACGACUUUACUAUGAUUGGCUCGUGCAUCCUACUGCUAGUGACGUCAGUGAUAGGCCCGCACGCGUGGCACGUGACCCUGCCCGGCGGACUCACCCCCGGCAGCGUGUUCGAGGUCGUGCUCUACCUCUCCGCCAUGAUCACCAGUCAGACUGUCAUACUGUGGAACAUAUACAAAUCGUAUCGCGACGGCACGGGUAAAAUGCGUCCGUUCUGUGAGGCGGUGCGGCCGCUAGUGCCGCUGCUGUGUUUCUUCGUGCUCAGCACCGUGUGGGCGGUGUACUCGCCCACGGACGUGCUCAGCCGAGGACCAAGACUGUUCUACGUGCUCACCGGGACUAUAUUCUCCAAUAUCAAUUGCCGCCUGAUCGUGUCUCAGAUGAGCGACACGCGCUGCGAGGCGUGGAACGGUCUGCUGGCGCCGUACGCGCUGGCGCUGGGCGCGGUGCUGUGCGCGCGCGCGUCGCCCGCCGCCGAGCUGCUGCUGCUGUGGGCGCUCACGGCGCUCGCCUCCGCCGCGCACAUCUACUACGGCACCUGUGUGGUACGAGAAAUGUGUGAACAUUUCAAUAUAUCAUGUUUCCAGAUAAAGCCAAAGAUAAAAUAAGAAAAAAAUAGUGACUAUUAAUUUAUUAUAAAUUGUUAAACAUUUAUUUUGAUGUUUGUAUACCUCUACCUAUUUUUUGUGAUUUAGCCAAAUUUUAAAUAUACAGCAUUUCAGCCAAGUGUAUUAAAUACCAACUAUUAGUUGUAAUAUUAUAUCAUAGUGUAAGGGUGAAUUCAAGGGCUAUUUGAAUGAAUUCAACAACAAGCUGCAACAGUUAGGUUCAGCUAAUUUGAACGCACCCUUCAGUCACCUGUCCCAAUAAUAACUUUGCCGUUAGUAAAAUAGCCAUCAAUAACUACUAGAUACUAUUGGAUAGAAGCAGGCGUUACUUUGCGGAAGUUCAUCAUGAUUAUAUAAUGAUUUAUUUAUUUUGCUAUCAUCCGCGAAAACUCGGCGAACCCAUGCGACAACGUCACCCAGGUCCGACAAAAUACUCUCUACGUACGUUUCACCCCGAAACCGGAGCAUCCUCAGGAGAUGUUGACUCUACAACGUGCAAUUGCACGUUGUGGACCUGGGUGACGUUGUCGCAUGGGUUCGCCGAGUUUUCGCGGAUGAUAGCAAAAUAAAUAAAUCAUUAUAUAAUACUAGAUACUAUUUUACAGGCAUAAAGUUUAGGAUACUGAAACAACAAUUUUAUUUCAAAUAACAACAAGUUAAACUCAAAUAUAACGGAUUUUAAAUGUGUUGAUAUGAGUCGUAGACAGAAAAAAGAACAGACAAACUGAUUGGUGUCCAAAACACGUACGAUUUUCAAAUCCACAAACAUCACACUGUACCAUUUUUCACCAAUAAAUUUUAUUCUAUUUGUUUAUUUAUAAUAUGCAACAUGUUUAGACGUGCCAUGUGACACGUCGUUUCUCUUUCUACAAACGCUAACGCUUAGAAAACUAAAAAAAAUAUGUGAAUGACAGAACCAAUCGAUAACUUGAUCAAGUGACCUGUCGAUAGCAAAUGUAGUAAACGUUCCCAUACAUAAUCAUUUUCGAAUCGUUUGCGAUCAUAGAGAGAGAAUCGACGUGGCCCAUGGCUACAGGCCCAGAUAUCGAGUCGCCUUGAUGCUAUCCGUCUAUGGACUUCCUUGUCUACGCUUACGUUAUGAGUAACUGUGAUCCUGAUCUUUCGUUUAGUAAUCUGACUGUAUAAACAAUGAUAAAAUUGUCAACAUUACUGGCCAGAAUUCUUGCCGAACUCGCCUCAAGUUUCUUGCCGCCUUAUAUACUUUUGACCAUUUGGGACAGGUGUUUUUUUGUAGAUAUACAUAUUAUAUUUAAAUCUUACGAAUAUGUAAUAACUCUAAUAACUUUUAGGGCCUCUUAUACAUUAUAGUCAAUUUUGUAAAUAAUAUUUAUAUAUUAAGAACUUUAAAUUAUUAAAAAAACGGUUUUGGAUAUUUUAUUUUAAAGCAAUAAUAACAAUGGCAAUUAAAUAUUUUGUAUUACAAUGUACAUACAUGUCUAUGUGACUUUUCUUAUUACUUAUACUAUAUACAUAAAAUUAAAUUAUAAAUGGGAAUGUAGUAUUUAGUAUUGAUGUUUGUCGUGUAUUUCCUAGUAAAUUUUAACUCACUGUGCCAUUGGUAUAUGAAUCUCUACAAUUAAAUUGUAUAGUAGAAGUAAAGUGAUUACUAGUCACAUUAAUAUAAGCCUCACAAGUCACAUUAAUACAAAACAGAAAACUGAUUUUAUAUAACACUGUCAAUAUGUCGUGUAGAAACCGAAAGGAAACUGUCAAUAUGUCGUGUAGGAACCGUGUGGAUUUUCAUCCUCCUCCUAACAAGUUAGUCCGCUUCCAUCUUAGAUUGCAUUAUCCUUACUUACCAUCAGGUGAGAUUGUAGUCAAGGGCUAACUUGUAAAGAAUAAAAAAAAAAAGUUAAUAUGUCUGUCACUGAUAUAUGCAAUAAAGUAAUUCUACAUUUCUGAUUGCGAUUUAAAAACAUAGCAAGACACAGUACUGCCACUAUAAUAAAUAAAUUAUGUUAUUCGUUAGCACAGGAUAGCCCAACUUUUCGCCGAUUAACACCAAUAAUGUGAACCAAUCAAAUACAGUCCAUAUUGUUCUACCUUGAGAUUUUAAACAUUAAAUGUUUUCUAUUGUCUCGUUUUAUCUGCAUUAUUGUAAAGAAUACUAGCAUACAGUCGGUCCCCCCCCCCCCCCUUUCUUUUUUAAAGUGCUUAAUAACUCUUCCUCAUGAGUCUAGCCAGAGCCAUAAUACAGUGGGGGGGUUAGGUUUUUUAUAUAAGUAUAAUAAUAUAAUGAAAGAAAUACAAUCCGACUGCUAGUUCUGGAGAUUGGCCUCUUUAAAUAUACAAACAAACUCUUUCACUUUAUGCUGGGAUAUCUAAGUAGAAAAGUUUUUUUUAUACUAGCCAAGGCUCUUGUAUUUCUGCCUAUGGAUGAAAAUCUGACUGUUACUUGCUCAAACAGACAAACAUUUUAAAACCAAUGCUCUUUUUGGGCUUUUGUAUUCAUAUCAUUAAUAUUUAAUGUAUACAUUUGGCUCCCUGAAUGACAGUACGCCCAGUAGUUGAAAAACUAAAAUCAAACUUUCCUAUUGGCCUAUCUGUACAUUAUGUAUGUGUAUCUAUAUUUGAUAUUAAUAUACCAAACCGUCAAUGUAGUAAGAUAAUUUCUUGAACAAUUACUUGCGUUCUACAAUGUGUAACCAUUUUACUAUUCAGAACUAGAAAAAAAUAUAUAUUUUUGUAUACUUUUAAAAUACUUCAUUCCUAUGGGUGAAUUGGAAUUGGUAAUUUAAUAUUAAUACAUAUUUUUUUAUUUACUUUGUGUUGAAAUCACAGAUUACUCUUAGGAGGUACUAAGAUACUAAUAUAGUAAUAAUGACUGUUUAUAAAUGCAAUCGCAUCGUCCUAUAGUCGGAUGCAAUCUUUAUACCGUUUUGGAACAUCGUGCGUUAAGCUGCACAAUACAAGAUUUUAGGUAUCAGCGAUAACUUAAAAGCGCGGCGGCAGAGAAACCACCCCGUACUUAGCGACACCUGCAGCUUAUUUUCCGAGACGUCUUAAAGACUGCUUCUGACUAUACUAGAGAGUAAUCUGUGUAUAAGAAUUAGCUAGCUAACUUUAUUUUAACUAAAAAAUGUGGCAUUUAUCCUUUGUUAUUGUUGAAGUGCUCAAUGUGUUAUGUACCUGUUAUUUUUAAGGUUUUCAACCUAUUCCUGUCGUAAUGUAAUAAAUAAACUGCAGUGUAAUCAACAAACAGUCUAAUAAAAUUUUUGUUUUCUAUGUUUAAUUUUUUUACAAUAAAAUAAAGACAUACCAAAAAAUUUAA